AUGCAGCAACAACACCGACUCCAGCAGCCACCGGAACGUCCAGAGUUCCCACAACAGCCUCACCAGCUGCAGUGCCAGGAACUCCAGCAGCGCUACCAGCUUUUCAAACAACAACAGCAAAAGCAAAAAAAUCAGCAAACAGAAAGCCAACAGCAACAGCUGUACAAGCAAGAUCAACAACGACAGGCCCAACAAAAGGCCCAGAUCCAAGCACAAAUCCAACAACAACAACAGAAACAACAACAGAAUCACGCACAGUACAUCAAACAACAGAGCCAGUCCCAGGUUAAUCAGCAACCACACCCACAACAACAACAACAACCACCUCAGAAUGUACCACAGCAACAACAGGGACAACAAAGGCCACAGAGCAAACCAAACCAGCAGAUGCCACAAGUUUCCUCACAGCAUCAACAGGAACAGCAACAGCAUAAAACUCAACAGCAGCCACAAGUAGCUCAGCAACAGACGCCGACGACGCCGGCGGCAGGGACCGGUACCUCCAGCUCGACGCCGAAUGGCGGCAAGGUAUCUGUGCGCCAAGAUUCGAAUGUGUCGAGCGACAGCUUCAGCCAGAACUCGUCGCCGAGCUACACGACCAAGUCUAUGGAGACGCCACUGCUGCCGCGGUCGUACCAGGCGCACUCUUCGAGCGCCGGAGCGCCUCGUGGCUUUGGCGCGUCCAAGGGCGGGGGCGGCGUGGGCGGGGCCGGACUGGGGGAGGCGGCAGCCGCAGCUGACGCCUCCGGAGCGUCGGCCAGCCCCGCCAUCGCCAACGGCAGCGCUGCCCUCACCAAGAGCAUCUCCACUCCUGCCUCGCUCCAGACCAUCGUCCGGUUCCACCACGGCUCCAACAUGUCUUUGCAUCACAGAAUAAUCCGAGACAUGCGGCGGCCUUCGACGCACUACAUCACACAGGGGCGGCUGCGCUUCCGGUUCGCGCAGGUGCUGGUCAACGCCAUCGCGCUGCUCGCCAUCGCCGGGGGACUCGCCGCCUACUUCAAAGCCUACCCGUCGACGGUGCGCUACGUGAACAAGACGGUGACGACGACGACGGUGGCGCUCACCAAGCCCACGCAGGACAACCCCAUGCCCGGGAUUUGUCUGCCAGUGAUAGUCACAUUCUGCCACUAUCACAAGAUCCCGUACAACUACACUAUGUUCCCUAACUACAUGGGACACUUCACCCAGCGAGACGCACAAACAGAGCUGGAGGUGUACGACGUGGUGGUGGACGUGCGCUGCUACGAGCUGGCGGCGCUCUUCCUCUGCUCUGUCUUCGUCCCCAAGUGCGGCCCCAACGGCGAUCUAGUGCGGCCGUGCCGCGGGCUCUGUAAAGAAACGAAGCGGCGCUGCGGCUUCUUCCUGGAGGUGUUCGGGCUGGCGCUGCCAGACUACCUGGAGUGUGACCUCUUCCCAGAGGACCCCGACACCAACGUCUGCGUGGGGCACCGCGAGGUCGCCGAGGCCAAGCUGCGCGCGCAGAAGCCGGUGUGCACAGCGGGAUUCCAGUGCGACGUGAAACGUUGCAUCCCCAAGGACUGGCGCUGUGACGGCCACGUCGACUGCCAGGACCGCACCGACGAACUGCACUGCGAGACGUGCUCCAAGCAAGGCCUGAUCCACUGUGGGGAGAAACGAUGCAUGUCGCAGAGCCAUGUCUGUGAUGGGAUCGUCGACUGCCCCUGGGGACAAGACGAACGCAACUGCCUGCGGCUAAGCGAGCGCAUGGGGGACGAGGGCAGCGGCGUGCUGGAGGUGUUCCAGCCGGAGCAGCAGGCGUGGCGGCCCGCCUGCAUCAGCCACUGGGGCUCCGGCGCCUCGGCGCGGGACCUCUGCGCCAUGCUCGGAUACACGGUUGCCAAUUCUAGUGAACUGACGAUGCUCAGCGGUAUCAGCAAUGUACGCACAGUCAGCUCCAACAGCAGCAGCGGCGCCUACACUGGCGACACUAUGUGGAGGACGACCAAGCAACGCAACGUGCUCAAGGAGCUGCGCUCAUGCACGGGGAAGGACUAUGCUACGGUGAAGCUCACCUGCUCCAACUUUGCUUGUGGUCAAAGAAGACAUCCAAAUUACCCGCGAGCCUCUACGAGAAUUGUUGGAGGAUUUGAAUCAACUCCUGGGGACUGGCCGUUUCUAGCAGCGCUACUAGGAGGCCCGGAAGAAGUGUUUUACUGUGCUGGAGUGCUCAUCGCAGACCAGUGGGUGCUGACCGCGUCACACUGCGUCGGAAAUUUCAGCCAUUCUGAACCUUCUGGUUGGACGAUCCAGCUUGGUAUCACAAGACGCCACUCUCACUCAUUUUAUGGUCAGAAAAUGAAAGUUCGGCGUGUUGUUCCACAUCCUAUGUAUAACAUGGGUGUUGCUCAUGACAAUGAUGUUGCUCUUUUUCAAUUGAAGACAAGGGUCCGAUUCCAUGAACAUUUGCUACCCGUCUGCUUACCCCCUGCCAAUCAUGAGCUUCACCCUGGUACACGCUGCACUGUCAUUGGAUGGGGCAAAAAGGAGGAUAAAGAUGCAUCGGAAUAUGAACCAGCUGUGAAUGAAGUUGUUGUUCCUGUCCUGAAUCGAAAUCUGUGCAAUAUGUGGUUAGUGCACAAAGAUCUGAAUGUGACUGAAGGCAUGAUAUGUGCAGGUUAUGCGGAGGGUGGGAAAGAUGCAUGUCAGGGAGAUUCUGGUGGGCCCCUACUGUGCCAAGAUGAAAAAAAUCCUGAUCGAUGGUUUGUUGGUGGUAUUGUUAGUUGGGGGAUUAAAUGUGCUCAUCCUCAUCUUCCUGGAGUAUAUGCAUAUGUACCACGGUAUGUUCCAUGGAUCAAACAACAGAUGGCUUUAUAUUCUGACUGA